AUGUCGGCCUCUCCAUCCAACCUGCAAUCAACGAAGCGUCCUCUCGAGGACCCCUCCUCUCCCUCGGGCCCCAACGAUCAGCCGGAGGCCAAGCGUCCGGCCCUGGACAAAGUAGCACGCAGUGACGCUGAGGCCGAGACCGACGUGUCGACCAACCAGAUCCCAGCCGUGGAAACCUCCAAGGACACCCAGGGCGACACUGUCGUCCCCGAUGCUCCCAAUGGCAAGAGUCAUCCCGAGACUCAGCCGAUUCAGUCGACCGCUUCGCACGGCGAGCGGGCUGGUUCCCAGUCCGACACCCACGCCCCUCAGGACGAGUCGAGCUGGAUCCAUAUCCGUGCCGUGAUCUCCAGCCCGGAGGCUGCUACAGUCAUUGGAAAGGGAGGUGAGAACGUGUCCCAGAUUCGUCGUAUGGCCGGUGCCAAGUGUACUGUCAGCGACUAUUCCCGGGGUGCCGUCGAGCGGAUCCUGACCGUGAGCGGCGCCCAGGACGCGGUAGCCAAGGCCUUCGGUCUCAUCAUCCGUACCCUGAACAAUGAGCCCAUCGAUGCCCCUUCUACUGCCCAGUCCAAGACGUACCCUCUGCGUUUGCUAAUCCCCCACAUUCUCAUCGGCUCCAUCAUCGGCAAGGGUGGUAGCCGUAUUCGUGAGAUCCAGGAGGCGUCCGGCGCGCGACUGAAUGCUUCCGAUACCUGCCUGCCUCUGUCGACUGAGCGCUCGCUGGUGAUUCUUGGAGUCGCGGAUGCUGUGCACAUCGCGACCUAUUAUGUUGCCGUGACCCUGGUGGAACAGCUGACUGAGCGUUUUGGCGGCCCUGCAGCCUCGGCGUAUGCCACCCGCAGUGGUGGACCCGCUGGUGCCGUUCCUGGCGGCAUGCAAGUUGUCCCAUACGUGCCCCAGCCCGCCGGUGGCCAGUACGGUCACCCGGACACCUUCAAGCGCAACCACCCCCACCCCAACCGUGGCCAGCCUGGAGCUUAUGGCGUUCCCUACCUUCAGGGCCAGGCCCCCGCCCCCGUUGCCCAGCCCGCCAUGCCUUAUGGUGCUACACCGCACACUCCCUACGCCGGUGCUGCCCCUCACCAACCUAACCCCUACGUCGGCGGUCCCCAGGCUCCUGCCGGCCGCGGUGCUCCCACUGCCCCGGCUCCUGUGGGUGGCGCUAUGCCUGGCCAGCCACUGACCCAGCAGAUCUUCAUCCCCAACGAUAUGGUUGGAGCCAUAAUCGGCAAAGGUGGUGCCAAGAUCAACGAAAUACGCCACCUGAGCGGUAGUGUUAUCAAGAUCAAUGAACCUCAGGAAAACAGCAACGAGCGUCUGGUGACGAUUACUGGUACCCAGGAAUGCAACCAGAUGGCCCUGUAUAUGCUUUACUCGCGCCUCGAAAGCGAGAAGCACCGCGUUUAA